GUGGGAGAUAGCCUAUUUUAGUCCGGGGUUCGCUUCUCCCCUCGCAUACCAACCUUUCUUAUUAUACCUCCGUGAUACAACAGAGGUAGAGGCAAAGAGGGUGGUUAGAAAACUGCAUGUCCCAGAGAUCGCGGCGGCAACCAAACAUGAAUCUAGGCAAGGGGAACAUGGCAGCGCCGUCAAGCCAGUCAUGUACAGCUCUGGAGCGGUCAAUCCGGGAGCGGGUCCCGACGCUUCUCACGGACCUCUACCAGUUCACCAUGGCAUAUGCCUACUGGCGUUCGGGCAGGCACAACGAGCCCGCCGUUUUCGAACUGUUCUUCCGCGACAACCCGUUCGGCGGCGGCUUCUCGCUCUUCUCCGGAAUGCACGACUGCCUCCUGUUUCUGCGGAGCUUUCGAUUCACUGACGAAGAUGUGGAGUACCUGCGGUCCGUGCUGCCCCCAGCCACUGACCCUGCCUUCUUCCUGUUUCUACGGGAACUGGACUGUUCCGGUGUCACACUCCACUCUGUCCCCGAGGGAACGGUGGUCUUUGCCAGGGUACCUCUGAUGGAGGUGUCUGGUCCUCUGGCUGUGGUUCAACUACUGGAGACCAGCCUGUUGUGUCUGGUCAACUACGCCAGUCUGGUAUGCAGUAACGCGGCCCGGUUCCGUCUGGCUGCUGGUUCCAGGAGGAAGCUGUUAGAGAUGGGCCUGAGGAGAGCACAGGGGCCUGACGGGGGCCUCACAGCCUCAAGAUACACAUACGUCGGAGGGUUUGAUAUGACCAGUAACGUCCAGGCUGGCUUCCUGUUUGGAAUCCCCGUGGCGGGAACCAUGGCACACUCUUAUGUCACUUCUUUUUCCUCUCUGGAGGAGGUGUGGCCUCAGAUGCUAGUGGCAGCAAACGGGGAUCAUGACAACAUCGAUCUGAUCUCGCUGACCAAGGGUUGGCUGGGGCGUGUGUGUGAGCUGCUGGGGGCGGAAUCUGGGAAGAUCCAUGAGGGCGAGCUGGCAGCCUUCUUGUCCUAUGCCAUCGCAUACCCACACAACUUCCUGCCGGUCAUCGACAGCUACAGUGUUACCUGUAGUGGCCUGCUCAACUUCUGUGCCGUGGCCCUGUCUCUGUUUGAGCUGGACUACAGUCCACUGGGCGUGCGUCUGGACAGUGGAGACCUCUGCAGGCAGUCAGUAGAAGUACGCCAUUUCUUCAGACUCUGCAGUGAACAAUUCUCCAUCCCUGCCUUCCAGUCCCUUCUCAUAGUAGGCACCAAUAACAUCUCAGAGUACAGCAUGGCCGAACUCAACAAGAAGGAGAAUGAGAUUGAUGUGGUUGGUGUUGGAACACAUCUGGUCACCUGCACGAGACAGCCUUCACUCGGGUGUGUGUACAAGUUGGUGGAGGUUCGGGGCAGUCCCAGGAUGAAGUUCAGUGAGGACCCAGAGAAGAGUACUGUUCCUGGGAGGAAGGCUGUCUAUAGGAUGCUGGACACGGAGGGCCACCCAUUCUUGGAUCUGUUGUGUUUGUGUGAGGAGCCUGCACCUAAGGCGUGUGUGGCAGUGAGGUGUCAUCCUGUGGUUGGUAACAACACCUGUCAGUCAAUCACACCUUUUCAGGUCAGCUGUCUACGCCUGGAGGUCUACACUAAAGGACAGAUCACACACCCACUGUGCAGCACAGCUGAGACCAGGGAGAAGGUUCAGAACUCCAUCCAGACCCUGCACCCCCGACACAAGAGACUGCAGGAGCCAGAUUCUUACAAAGUGGCAGUGUCUGAGAAACUCCAUAACUUAAUUGCUGAGAUCAGAAAAGGCAGCAGCAACAACAGCGAUUUUCUAUUGGCCAACUGAGACACACAGGCUUCAGUCCCAAAUAGCACCCUAUUCCUUAUUUAGUGCACUUCUUUUGACCAGGGCUCUGGUCAAAUGUAAUGCACUAUGUAUGUCAAAAGUAGCACACUUAAUAGGGAAUAGGGUGUCAUUUGGGAUGAGACCAUGUACAGAGGGAGGGAGGAAUCCUAAUACUCUCUUAAAGCUUCUUCCUAAUUGUCUGGUCUCAAUAGACCAAUCAGGUCUCACCGUCUACCUAUCCUACUACUAGUAGAGCCUGUGUGUCGGUCUGCUUGUGCUAUCAUGGCAACUCCUUGUUUCACAAUGACAGAAAUUACGUUUUUCGUCUUGAACAACGAUCUGGCCAUAAUGGCCACAUGUACUCUUAAAUCUCCACCUGGUACAGCCAGAAGAGGAAUGACCACCCCUCUAGGCCUGCUUCCUUUAUAGGUUUCUAUAAAGCACUUUGUGACAACUUCUGAGGUAAAAGGGGCUUUAUAAAAUACAUUUGAUUGAGUUAACAGAAGCUUAAACAGAUCUGGGAGCAGACUGCUAGUAGGAUUUUCAUAACAUCCACUAACCACCCUGUCUUGUGUUCAGUGGGAAAAAACAUUUGGAAAUGGAGGAGAUGCUACCUGAACAUACCCAAUAUAUACACUCAUUUUAGUUUUUUUUUAUUGUCCAGUUUGCUCCUACUGAACAUGACUUUUCUAGUGGUAUAGGGUUAGGGUUUAGGACCUAGGGUAGAUUGUGUUACUCUCAGAUAAUAUAAAUGAUAUACUGACACAGACUGAGACACAUGGACUGAUGGACUGACACAGACUAUGUCAAACCUCAACCAAAAGCAGUUCAUUUUGACAUAAUGCUGGCAUUUUGGAAUACAGUUGACUGACAGCUAUGAAUCAUGGUGUAGUUUUCUAGUUUUAGUUUGGUACAAGAGCUUGACAUGCCUUCCUGAAAACCCAGUGAUCUGCACAAACAAGCAAUGUCUGUUAAUAUAUCAGUGUUGGAAUUGGCCUUAACCUGGUUCUACAAUGAGAUAAAUGAACAUUGAGAAUGGUUGCAUAAAUGUCUCUACUAUGAGCAAUAUUAAUUGAUAAGCAAUUUUUUAAGUUUAGAAAGAUUGAAUGUCUCUCUUUGUAUGUCUCAGCCUUGUCUUGCUGAUUUAGUUUUGGUUCUUUUCUUUGGAUUACAUUUCCUGAACCAGGCUAUUAUUUACUGUUUGUUUUUUUAGCAUGGACAUUUUGUAUGAACCAAGCCUUCAAUAUCAUGAUCAAUCUGUACCUGCCUUAACACAUAGUCAAUAUCAUGGCCAAUCUGUACCUGCCUUAACACAUAGUCAAUAUCAUGGCCAAUCUGUACCUGCCCUAAAUUCCCAGGGCGGUCAAUAUAUAUAUAUUUCAACACUAUGGGAUUGGAAUAAUAUUGUGAAAAUUAUGAUAAUAAUGUUUUAGUGUAAGAGCUGUCUGAAAUGACAGCCGGUUUUAGUGUAAGAGCUGUCUCAAAUGUCAGCCUGUUUUAGUGGGAUGGAGUUUCUAUUAUAUAAGUUAAUAGACCAAUAACAAAGAGAGUUUCAAACCUCUCUGCCAAUAACAGCUAGUCUUCAGGUUACAUAUCCCACCCAUUAGGCUCGUUCAAUUUGCCCUCUACUUAGACCACUCCCAGACAGUCCCAGCUAAAUUCUAGCUUUAACACAUAGCCAUAAAAACAUACAGUAUUGAGAAUCCAGGUAGAAUUUGAACACUACGUCCUUUUCAGAUCUGUUAAAAUUGUACACUAAUUAUGUUUCUAGAAUGACAAGACUAGUAAAACUGAUGUUGUACCGUUCAACCAAGCUGCUAUCUAAUUAACUAUUUUCAAAUACACACACUAGCCUACACAGUUCAGGCAAUCUGGACAAUGUUGUUCAAACAUUGCCAUGGUGUUUGGCUGCCAAUAUUAUGUCCUCUAAUAUAAACUGUUGUGUUGUUUUAAGUAGAAGUAUUAGUCUACUAAAUAUAGUUACACGUAUGUGAUAUCUGUGCAAAAUGUGAAUGUCUGUUUGUAUGACAACAUUGUAAUGCUAAGAUGCGUUGUUUUCAAUGGGUGUUUUAUUAAAUAAAAUCUGACAAUGUAUAAUCUGACAAUGUAUGUUGUAGACUAACUACAGGUCCAAGAACAGAUUGCCUGAAAAGAGAGACAGCCAUGAUUGAGUGCAAGAAUUUUGUUUGUUGUUACAUUAUUGAAUACUGAACAAAAUUAUGAACACAACAUGUAAAGAGUUGGUCCCAUGUUUCACGAGCUGAAAUAAAAGAUACAAGACAUUUUCAA